AUUGGAGCGACAUUUGCACUACCAACUCCAAGUCUAUUGCGGCUCCGGACUCGAGGGGGGUCGAAGGGUUUUCUUGGGGGUGGGGGGUUUUAGGGCAAAAGAGACGAGCGGCAACGAAGAAUUAAGUGGAGCAGAGACAGGAGAGAGGAGGGAAGAGAAGAGAGGGGGAUGCCUCUGUACGAUUGCCUCCUGCUGGCGAAACCCCGUGUGAAGAAGGAGGCCGUGAUGGAUCUGGUGGCCCGCGUUGGGCGCCGCGUCUACCAGCGCAACGGCGUCAUCACUGACAUCAAGUCCUUCGGCACUGUCCAGCUCGGCUAUGGCAUCAAGAAGCUCGACGGCCGUCACUACCAGGGCCAACUCAUGCAGAUGACUAUGAUGGUUCCACCUACUUUUAAUCAGGAACUUCAGUAUUUGAAUAAGGAAGACCGACUGCUUCGCUGGCUUGUGGUAAAACACAGGAAUGCUGUAUAUGGACUAGAGUUCAUUAAUGAGGAUGAUGGGAAGGAUGAGCUAAGCAUGUUCCGCAGUGGUAGCUUGAUAAAUAAGGGAGAUGAUGAAGAUGAUGAUGAGGAUGAGGAUGAAGAUGACGAUGAAUAUGAAGUGGAGUAGACUGUUUAACGAGUUGUGCACUUCAGUAUUCAAUUCUCCCGUAGUCGUUGAACAUAGUAAACUAUGAUUGCAAGUUUCACAGAAAAUGGGUCGAGGAAACAUCUUUAUGAUUUGGAUGCCGUUGCAACAUUGAAGAACUGGAAGUUUGUUCUCUGGUCCUCUGAUUUAGUUUGUGGCUGGCUGCUUUAUUAUACUGGGUGCAUGGCAGCCUAAUUUAGGCCAAAUUGUACUUCUGCAGUAAGCAUGAAUUGCUGUAAAUCAUUUAUUUCAAUUUGUUGGCCCUUUGUUUCCAAGUUUUCAAUCCUCUCUAGUUUCCUCCUGCCGCAGCUGCUAUCUUUUGUCUUAUUAUGAUGAUAGAGGGAGCAAACUCUAAAAUAUACAGACUCUGUAAGAAUUUGAUAAGUCGCCCUUUAUGAAUCGCUUAAAGUUAAAACUGUGUAA